UCCCCUAUAACCUUCACUAAUCUGAAAACGGCAUUCACAUCAAAGUAUGCUCAGCCGUCAAGACCGAAAGUAAAGGUAGGUCAUGAUUUCCAGGUUGGUAUACUGAUCUCAGGCAAUGGAAGUAAUAUGGUGAAACUCGUUGAAAGCUCAAGAAGGCCAUGCAGUAACUGUGAGGUCGUAGUUGUGAUUUCGAAUAAACUUGGUGCGAAAGGAAUGGAUAUAGCAAGAGCGAUGGGAAUUGAAGCCCUGCACAUACCUCACACUCAGAUAAGAGAAAUUGGAGAUUCAAAAAUCAGUGAGGCACUUCAUGCAAGAGGCGUUCAACUAAUUUGCUUGGCUGGCUAUAUGAGGGUGCUUUCGUCAAAAUUCGUCGAGGAGUGGCGAGGCAAAAUCAUCAACAUUCACCCAUCACUCCUCCCAUCAUUCAGA